CGUCGUUUCCCGAGUGGUGCGAGCACAAAUCGCAUUCAGCAAUUGCAACAACAUCCGAGCGCAAAUCUUUUCUUGCCAUCGCCAUCUGAAGAAGAACGGGCGUUAUUGAAAGAGUUCACGCGUGGUGCGUUGUGUGUGGAUGGUGUUCAACUGCUGCGCUUCUUGAGUACACAUGCAGGCGCGAUGACGGCACGUGAUAUCGCGAUGAAAUUGUUCGACGACUUCAUUGUUGCAAAAACAUCGAAGUCAAAGGUGAUGAACAACCCAAAUCUCAAUCGACAACCCAUCAAUGCGUUCAGUUCGACACCGAAACGCGUGCACAGUAGUCGCGAUCUGGAGCCUCUUCUGAAUGGACACAACGACCCGAUCACGAUGACCGAUCUCCCACGUGUCCUGCCAGCAAAUGCGCCCAUCAAUUCCGUGUAUUCCGGAUUCCCACGAACCGAUAUGAAACGUCAGGCGGAUGCAUUACCGAUGAAGGAAUUUCCACGUGAGGAAUGA